AUGAAUAACAAUAAUAAAUUAUACAAGAACAUUCAAAAUUUGACAACAACAACAAUAAGUAACUCAAGGUAUACUGUAACAACAGACUCAUAUGAUGAUCAUAAUGACAUGACACGUAUAUUAUCUUAUGCUGUACCAUUGUCAUGUGUGGUUAUAAUUAUAGUACUUCUAACAGCUAUUGGUUUUAAUCGACGUCAACAUGUUUUAGAAAAAUGGACAUCAUUAAAACGAAUGAAAAAUACAAAUCCACGUUGUACUGAAAGUACAGGUUUAAGACGUGAUUCUGAAUAUGAUUUAUGUAAUGAUGGUUUGGAGAGUGUAACAAUUAUAAAUGAAGAUAACGAAUCAGACUUUCGUUUGGCAACUAUAGCAUGA